UACUUAUUACACAGAAGACCUGUUAAUUAUUAAAAAAAAAACUUUAUAUAGAAGGAUAUUUUCAUAGCGAUUAUCGUAAUUUACUGCUGACCGGAUACUUUUUUCCAGGUACUGUAUAUACUGGAAAAUAUUUAGCUACUAAGGGAAUCAAAUAUGACUUUGGCCAAAAAGACCAACAAUAUAUGGUUGUUUGUAGUGGUCAUAAAAUAGAUUUCAAAAACAAUGUUUGGACGGUAAUUGGAGCCAGUGAUCAAAGUAUAAAAGAAGGAGACCUUAUAUCUCUUAAUAAAAUUAUUGGAUUAAAACAUCAUGAAAUAGGAUAUUAUUUACAUUCUCAUGGUACUAGUAAUCAUGAGAACGUCACACCAAUAUCAAAACAACAACAAGUGACCAUAUGUUCGGAUAGAGGUAUUGAUAAUGAUUGGCUUAUUCAACGUUACAAUUUUACCACUUCCUAUGAUGUUGGUCAUCUGAUGAAUGGAGAUAUUGUUAGCCUUUACCAUAUUAAUACUAAUAAACCAGCACUUUACAGUAAUACAGUUUUAUUGGGUGAUGGAUCUCAAGAAGUUUCUUGUUAUGGAGAUGGAAGUGAAAAAAAUAAUAAGUGGCGUAUUGAAUUAAUUAACUGAUUAUGAAUAUGUGGAAAUUAAUUGUAACACAAAGUUAUUACCUUUUAUUGCUUAAAUUGUAAAAUUCAACCAUUUAAUUCAUUUAAUUGAUCUCAAAAUACUCAAAAAUUUUAUAUUUAUGUUAAAUAUCCAUUAUUUGUCAUUACGUCAUUCUAAAGACAGAUUC